GCCAAAUAGGACCAAUUUUCCAGUAAAGAAAGAAAAGAAAAGCCUGUAUUAAACUACAGCUAUAUAAAUGAAUUGUUUUCAAGUUUCUUAUUUUAUCUGCGACCAAUUUUGAUUGGAGAAACGAACAAUCAUUUCCAAUUUCCUAAACAUCGAUCGGCGAGAGAAGCUGUGCCUUCUUCGCAUGAGCUUUAAUCUCCGAAGAUUAUCAAAAUCAUCCUCGAUUUUGCUGUCCAAAAUGGCGGAGGAAGUUGCCUCAUCCGCGGCCACCGCCACCGCCACCGGCGCCGCCUCGGCAAAGAGGCGCUCCCUGUGGCCAUCCGUGCUCCGGUGGAUACCAACUUCCACCGACCACAUCAUCGCCGCCGAAAAACGCCUACUGUCCCUCGUCAGGACUCCGUACCAGCAGGAGCUGGUCAACAUUGGGUCUGGCCCGCCGGGUUCCAAAACUCGAUGGUUCCGUUCUGCAAGCGACGAGCCGAGGUUUAUCAAUACCGUCACGUUUGAUGGCAAAGAAGGGUCACCGACACUUGUGAUGGUCCAUGGAUACGCUGCUUCUCAGGGUUUCUUUUUCCGCAAUUUUGAUGCUCUUGCUAAGCAUUUCAAAGUUAUCGCAAUUGAUCAGCUAGGUUGGGGUGGAUCCAGCAGGCCUGAUUUCUCAUGUAAAAGCACUGAAGAAACUGAGGCUUGGUUCAUUGAUUCUUUUGAGGAAUGGCGCAAGGCUAAAAACUUAACCAACUUUAUCUUACUUGGACACUCCUUCGGAGGAUAUGUGGCUGCUAAAUACGCUCUCAAGCACCCUGAGCACGUUCAGCAGUUGGUUUUAGUUGGACCUGCUGGAUUUUCUUCUGAAACAGAGCACAUGUCUGAAAGGCUUACUCAAUUUAGAGCAACUUGGAAAGGUGCUAUUCUGAAUCAUCUAUGGGAGUCUAAUUUUACGCCACAGAAAAUAAUUAGGGGUUUAGGUCCUUGGGGCCCAAAUCUAGUUCGCAGGUACACGAGUGCUAGGUUUGGCUCAUAUGCUCAAGGAACUAUGUUAACUGACAAUGAGUCUAGUCUACUUACAGACUUCUCUUUCUCUUUGCUGGCCGAAGAUUAUGUAUAUCAUACUCUGGCGGCUAAAGCUAGUGGAGAGUUGUGCUUGAAACAUAUAUUCUCCUUUGGGGCUUUUGCUCGGAGUCCACUUUUACACUGUGCAUCUGAUUGGAAGGUUCCAACAGCAUUCAUAUAUGGGUUCCAAGAUUGGAUGAAUUAUGAAGGAGCUCAACAAGCUCGGAAGCAUAUGAAUGUCCCCUGUGAGAUUAUUAGGGUUCCUCAGGGUGGCCAUUUUAUCUUCAUAGAUAAUCCGACUGGCUUCCAUUCUGCUUUAUUUUACGCCUGCCGCAAAUUCUUAUCACCUAGUGAGGACAACAAUUUACUACCCGAAGGCUUGGAGUCUGUCUAAAGGAAGGAAUUUGUGUUUCAAAUCAGUUGCGGAUAAUUACGAAAAUAGCUACUGAGGUUUUGCCUCAUAUUGUUUGUGCAUAACAAAUAAAAGGACCUCAUCUAGGGUUGCAAUUUGUACAAGAGAACAUUUGUAAGAGACUAUUUGUAAAUUUUAAAAGCAGACUGU